CGCCCCGCCGCCCCCUCCCACCACAAACAUUACAUAGUGACACGCGCGGGCGCGCACACGAACCGCGCCCCCUUGGCAGGAGAGGAUCGCGAGCCCCGCUGUGGUCAGGGGGAAAGUGCGUGCGUGGGCGGAUGAGGAAGUUGAGCGCUUAGAUUAAUGGCCAUACACCCAUCGGAGUGACUACUUUUUUCCCCCUCCCUUUGGAGUGGCGCACCGGCGGGGAUCUCCAUUUAGCAGGAAACGAACAAAAUAAAACUGGACUUGUUUUCGUGAAAAUGACAAUCAAGUUGGGGGUCAUCCUUGUGUUACUUCUGUUGAUCCACGGUGCCGGUUCAAAUCAGCUUCCACACGUUGAGGAUGAUGAAGAUCUGCAAGAUGCCACUGUCAAUCAAAUGCUAGUUCCCAGGUCGCACCAGGAGGACGCCACGCUGAUCCUCAACAAUCUACUCAAAGAAUAUGACAGGACCCUUCGGCCGGACAUUGGGGUGAAGCCAACAGUCAUUGAUGUGGGCAUAUAUGUCAACAGCAUCGGGCCUGUGUCAUCCAUCGAUAUGGAGUACCAGAUUGAUAUCAUUUUUGCCCAGAGUUGGGUGGACACACGCCUACGUUAUAACAGCAGCAGCAUGCGGAUUCUCACUCUCAACAGUAACAUGGUGGGCUUGAUAUGGCUGCCAGACACCAUCUUUCGGAAUUCCAAGACCGCAGACUCUCACUGGAUUACAACACCCAAUCAGCUGCUCCGCAUCCGCAGCAAUGGAAAAAUUCUCUACACGCUGAGGAUGACCAUCAAUGCUGAAUGUCAGCUGCAGCUCCAUAAUUUCCCAAUGGACGAGCACUCGUGUCCUCUCAUCUUUUCCAGUUAUGGCUACCCACGAGAUGAAAUUGUUUACAAGUGGAGGCGAAACUCGGUGGAGACAUCGGACCAGAAGUAUUGGAGGCUCUACCAGUUUGACUUCAUGGGGCUCCGAAACACUACCGAUAUAUUGACCACGACUGCAGGAGACUAUGUGUUGAUGACGGUUUACUUUGACCUCAGUAGAAGGAUGGGCUACUUCACCAUCCAGACUUAUAUCCCCUGUAUCCUGACUGUGGUCUUGUCCUGGGUCUCUUUCUGGAUCAAGAGUGAUGCCACACCAGCGAGGACAGCCUUGGGCAUUACCACCGUGCUGACCAUGACUACACUGAGCACGGUGGCUCGGAAUUCCCUGCCAAGAGUCUCGUAUGUGACUGCAAUGGAUCUUUUUGUCACUGUCUGCUUCCUAUUCGUCUUCGCUGCCAUGAUCGAGUACGCCAUGCUCAACUACUGCUCUUAUAUACGCAGACCCCCAGCAAAAAUGCAAAAACUGGCAUAUUCGUCCUUAACCAUGGGUCAGGCCCCUCAUCGGCACAUGGUGCCCACAGGCAACGCUCUCUUCUGGCAGGACUAUGAUGAUGACUGCCUGGACCAGUGCCUGGACGGGAAAGAUUGCAAGAGCUUCUUCUGCUGUUACGAGGAAUGUAAAGAAGGCGGCUGGAAGAAAGGACGUAUCCACGUCAACAUUCGUGAGCUGGAUUCCUACUCUCGGGUAUUCUUCCCGACUUCCUUCUUGCUCUUCAACAUUGUAUACUGGGUCAGCUACCUCUACCUCUAGUCACACUGCCGACAUGGAGCCAGCAUUGGAUUUUGGGGGAGGUUGUCGUGUUGCCUCUGGAGUAGAGAAUGGGCCAUUGUUCUUUUGCUUUUGAAGUUGAGGAAGGGGCAUCGUUCUUAUGAGAGCUGGGGUGGAGGAGGGACAAGAACUGGAAUUGACCAGUCCAUUCAGAACUCAAAGCUGACCGGCAAUGCAGUAUUUGACCCAUAAGGUGGCAGAGCACCCAUAGUGCCUUCCUUAGAAAGGGUGCACAAGGCCACCUCCGCAUUUUUCUCUUUAGUAAAUUGUUCAUCACACAGCACCAUGCUAAAUUGUUUUAUUCCUCAAAGAAACCAGCAAGGUUCUCACUACAGGAAUCGCUAGGACACUCACCAUGCAUUUUGUGGUGUUUUUCAAGUACAGUAGUUUUUAAUAACAAUAAAAUGCUACCAGAAUUAUUGGUAUUGUUACAGAAAACCCUAGCAGACAGCAGUUUCCAUUAAAUGAACGCACAAGAGCUGUGGAACAACAAAGGGUUAUUUAACCACACAGGUAGAAGUACUAGAACAAAGCCCAUCCAUUCACUUCCGGCAAGUCAAGUAUAUAUACAGUACAUGUUUAUUUUUCCUUCUAAUGAAAAAUAAAAAGAAUUUAUGAUGCCCUGGGAUUAGUGGGACCCAAGGCUUCCUCUCAUGCUGGACUGGCAACAACGGAGGUGCUGUAGAAUACAUACACAUUGUGGUCCAAUGGCCAUUAAAGAGAGUGAGCAAAGUGUUGAAAAAUGGAUGAGGCUGGAUGGUUGGGAAUGGAAAUGCUCAAACAGUGACCACAAUGUAAAAUUGAUGCCACAUAUGGAGACAUAUGGACACACAUGAAACCUAGGCUUAACUUUCAUGUUCUGUUUUUUGAAGUUUUUGGGCUUUGUAGAACACACACGCACACACUAGGUUCUCUCAGUGUGUGCAUUGUGGAAGAAUGGAGUUGCUGUAUGUGUCUUACGUUUCCUUUUUCAUUCUUAUGGAAUGUAUGUAGGCUGCUAGUUCCAGUUUGUGAGCUUACUACAUAUUCAUCAGGCCUUUGAACAAGUCCAGAGGUAGUGUGCGUGGUUAGUAGAAAGGCCUAUUUAAUGGCAGGUGUUGACUUUGUGUGCUGACUUUUGUCUUUUAAUGAAAAAAAAUUCCCCCAUCUCUGAUAUUUCUACUACACUUUAUAAGUGUCUAUCGAGAUAUUCUACUCUAAAAUAAAAUCACUAUUUUUAACCUGAUCAGUGUUUACAAAGCCACUUUGACACGUGAGUACUGAGCUAUGGUCCGCAUUGGCAACCUCCUCACUCUUGUUAGAAAAUUAGACGACAUUGCGAUUAUUACAAUAAAUGUAUUGUCCUCACGUUAUCCUCUCACUUUAAGGAAUCACUCAACAGUAAUUUCUCCUAAAUCGCUGGCAAAAGAAAAGGCCAACCUGAUCAUGGGUCAGUACUCCCAGAGGAAAUCUUAUACCUUUUAACUGGCUAACAAAUGUUUUUCUAGUGUGCGCUAAGUUGCUUGUAUUAAUAAAUAACGUUUUGGUCAAGCACUGCUGUGAAGUGUCUAUGUGAAAACAAGCUAAUUCACUUCAUAA